UAUCCAGUGAAGACGCCAUGGGAGGCAGUGCUGGUCAUAGCAAUCUCAAGAAUGCUCUCAUAGCAUUCUUGGUUCCUCUUCCCUCUAUUCUCUUUUAUCUUUCAUUCCUUAAGAACUAUGAAUCUGCAAUUCGCAUCGAUUCUGGCCCCAAUCUGUGGGCAUGGUGCUAUCACCAUCCUCUGUUAUUGGCCAACGUACUCUUCUUCUUCAACGUCAAUGUCCUCUUCUGGAUCAUCGGCCUUCUCAAAUCUAGCCACUGGAUGAUUGACCCGUAUUGGACAGUUAUACCGGUGAUGCUUGUUCAUUACUAUGCGGCUCAUCCUUUGGCUGAGUUUAAUUGGUGGAGGUCGAGGAUCGUGAUCUUGUUGACAUGGGUUUGGAGUAUUAGGCUCAGCCAUAACUACUUCAGGCGAGAGAAAUGGCAAUGGGGUGCCAGAGAGGAUUGGCGCUUCACCGAUUUGAGCCAUCAGUAUGGAAAGCAUUGGUGGUGGACUUCUUUCUUCGCCGUCUACGUCUCUCAGCAGGUGUUUAUAAUUGCGUUGUCCCUUCCAUUCUAUGUUAUUCAUACGAUGAACCAGCCUUUGAGCAUCUGGGACUUGGUAGCCAUUGUCGUCUGUGUAUGUGGCAUUGCCAUAGCAUACUUUGCCGAUACACAACUCUAUGACUUUGUGAGUAGAAACGACAAGCUGAAAGGGCUUGGUAAGCCUGUGGUCCCUGUGCUUGACAGUGGCUUGUGGUAUUACUCCCGGCAUCCGAAUUACUUCGGAGAGCAGCUAUGGUGGUGGGGACUAGGUUUAUUUGCCUGGAACCUGGGACAAGGAUGGGCCUUUGUUGGGGCAUUAGUAAAUACCAUGUGCUUGGCUUAUGUGACUACGCUUGUUGAAGACCGCAUGGUUAAGCAAGCUAACAGAGCAGAAGCAUUUAGGCGUUAUCAGAAGAAGACUUCGGUGUGGGUCCCUUGGUUCAAGUCCUCUGCUUUGGAAGAAAAACAUAAGGAUUCUUGAUCUUUGUUUGGUUAGUUAUAACCGCACAAGAAUCAUGUUGGUGCCUUUUGAGGUUUGUGUACUGUAGUUCACUGUCGUUUAUCUGAUUUGAGGAAGUCCUGAGUUGUAACGAUAACAGUUAUAUGGAUUAAGAUCAUAGUGCUGUUGCAAAAAUUUGAGUGCAUCUUCUACAUCAGUUAUAUAUACCAUAUGAUUAGAUGGAGUAGCAUAGAUUAAAUCCAUAAUAUCCUAAAGAGAGAACAUUUCUCGUUGAAUCUGGUUUGCCAGGUUCAAAAUUAGUUCAGGAGCUACCUGAUGAAGAUGAAUGUUGGUUAUGCCAAUGAAUAUAUUCUCUCUUUAGAUGGCCCUUUCAGGCUUCUUUCAUGGAGGCCUGAAGCCAUACAUAAAUAUUUGGAA